GAAUGCUCGGCGUCUAUCUAUGUGGUCGAGUACUAACGUCGUGCCAGAGAAUCGUGGCCGUCGACGUAGGUUGGAAGAGCCGCCGGAGAAGAAUUGAGCAAGGGUCGCGGCUAAAAGAUGAAGAAGAAGAAGAAGAUGAUGAAGCAUCUCUUUUUCCUCGCCGCUGCUAUGGCAAACCAAUUAGUAAAGAUGAAGCCGAGCGCAGUGGUGGUGAGAGGUCUAAGGCUGAACGAGCUCCGUCGACCGCGGAGGAGUUUAAUAGAAUGGCUACUGAAAAAGAGUCGAAAGAUCAGGAGGAGGAGGUUGAUGAACAUGACAAAGUGACCAAAGAAUCUGGAGAGAUGGGAAAAAGUAGUGACCCUAAUAAUCACAUAAACAAAGGGCCUAAUUACCGGCCUUGUAGCUGACAGACCGGCCGACUGAUCAAACAUGAAAGACUUUGUAUCAUAGUUGAAUUAUGUUCAUUUGUAGUGUUGGUAGUUAUCCACUUGAAAUUAUCAUAUAAUUUUGAGGGUGUUUUUCUAUUUGUUUCAAUAAAAUAUUCCUGUAAAAUUAUUCCAAUAUAUAUACAAACUGUUAUUCUCUAUCGCCAA